AUGCUCCAAUGCGGCCGAUUCUUCUGGCGGCCUGCUAGAUUGGGCCUGAAUUCAUUCUUGCGAUCUGUGCACUCCGCCGCCGCCGCAGACUCCGGCCUGUCUCCGGUCCUCUUGACGAGAGCGCGAUUGCUCGCCGCCGAACAUGCGAAACUCUCCGAAAAAUUGGCAGAGGCCUUCGAUGCGAAAGUUGCAAAACGAGCAGGGGAGAUCGCUCCCGUUACAGCAGUCUUGAAAGACUGGGACGGCGCCAAUGAAUCUAUAGUCGAGCUCAAGUCCCUCCUCGAGCAACCCGACACCGACGAAGAGCUGCGAUCUCUCGCAAUCGAGGAUCUAGACGCCAGCCGCGAGGCCUUGCCUACAAUAUCAGACCGGCUCAAGAAGGCCUUGAUCCCUCGUCACCCGUUUGCAGAUUUACCAUGUCUCGUGGAGAUUCGUCCUGGAGCAGGAGGAGAUGAGGCAGGCCUCUUUGCUUUCGAGAUGCUUCGGAUGUACAUGUCCUUUUGUUCUCGACGAGGCCUUCGCCCGACAGUCUUGAAACAAGAUGUCGAGGACGGAGCUUCGGAGGAUCGCCUGACCGAAGCAGUGAUCGAGAUCGAGGCGGACGGCGCAUACGAUAUUCUUCGGACCGAGUCCGGGGUACACCGAGUCCAGAGAGUGCCAGCGACAGAAACCAAGGGCCGAACGCACACAAGCGCCGUCAGCGUGAUGGUCUUGCCAAGUUUCCCAGAAAGCGGCAGCGGCUCGGACAAUGCCUUGAACUUUGAUGAUCCCAACAGUGACUAUUAUAUCGAUCCACAAGAAGUGCGCGUGGAAAAGAUGCGGGCCAGCGGUGCUGGUGGUCAGCACGUUAACAAGACUGAGUCGGCCAUCCGAUUGACGCAUAUUCCCACGGGCACCGUUGUCUCCAUGCAAGAUGAGCGGUCCCAACAUUCCAACCGGCGGAGAGCCUGGCAGGUGCUACGAGCCAAGAUCGCCGAAGCCCGUCAAGAAGCGCGUGAGCAGGAAUUGGUCCAAUUGCGCCGAGGUGCGAUGGGCGGAGUGGCUCGCAUGGGCCGUGGGGACAAGAUUCGAACCUACAACUAUGGUCAGAGCCGAUGUACCGAUCAUCGGAGCGGCAUCACGAUCCACAAUCUGGACGGGGUCCUCGAUGGUGGCGACGGCUUGGAGACGGUUAUGGAGAGCGUGCGCACCUGGAUGGCUGAUCGCGAAGUUGAGGCCAUGGUCGCAGAAGAGACGCUAAAGGAGGAGAAGAAGAAGAUGAAGAAAUGA